AUGUCCCUCCGCGAGUUGGCACCAGGCACAGGACGAAAUGGUACACUGAAGCCAGAACUUGACAUCAUCGCUGUCCAUGGUCUGAAUCCCUUGGGAUCUGCUAAUCACGCUUUCAACACUUGGCGGAAACCGGAAGAUGACAGCGGUAACCUCUGGUUGAAACACGAUUUUCCGAAAGCUCAACCUAACGCGAGGAUUUUCAUCUAUGAAUACAACUCAAGUCCCGUAUUUGGAUCAGGACAAGAUAGCUUCGUACGCGAGGCAAAUCAAUUCUUAGAUGAGAUUCAUGGAGCAAGAUGGGAACUUGGUGAAAACAUCCCCUUAAUUCUUGUCGGACACAGUCUGGGGGAAUUCUCAUCAAGCAGGCACUGGUGA